AUGGCCACAAGGGGAGUCGUCCCGACACGACGGGGCAACAAUGCCGGAGGCUUCGGCGUCUUCCGCACCGCCGUUCUCGGUCUUACCAAAGCCUUGACGCUGGGCGUUUCCUCUGUCGCCGCUGCGCCCAUUCACGCGAGAGGCCAUCACGACGAAGAGCCUGAGGCCGGCGAAGCUUUUUGGCCCCUCAUGGGCGCCUCCAUUGCUCUGGUUUUGCUGGGGGGUGCAUUUGCAGGUCUGACCAUCGCCCUGAUGGGACAGGACAGCAUCUACCUCCAGGUUGUCGCCGGCGACCCCGAUGAAUCGCAAUCCAAAAACGCCAAACGCGUCUACGAUCUUUUAAAGAAGGGCAAGCAUUGGGUUUUGGUCACUUUGCUUCUCUCCAACGUCAUUGUCAAUGAAUCGCUACCCGUUGUUUUGGAUCGCUGUCUUGGUGGAGGUGUUGAGGCCGUCGUUGGCAGUACUGUCCUCAUUGUCAUUUUCGGCGAAGUCGUACCUCAAUCCGUCUGCGUUCGAUACGGUCUCCAAAUCGGUGGCUACAUGUCCAAGCCUGUGCUUUUGCUCAUGUGGCUUAUGGCGCCCGUGGCUUGGCCUACUGCGAAGCUUCUCGACUGGGCUCUGGGCGAGGACCACGGCACCGUUUACAAGAAGAGUGGCCUCAAGACUCUGGUCACUCUGCAUAAGUCCCUCGGCGAGGUUGGCGAACGCUUGAACCAGGACGAGGUUACCAUCAUCAGUGCUGUUUUGGACCUGAAGGACAAACCCGUCGAAAAUGUCAUGACCCCCAUGGACGACGUUUUCGUCAUGGCCGAGGAUACAGUUUUGGACGAGAAGACUAUGGACCAGAUUCUGUCCGAGGGCUACUCCCGUAUUCCCAUCCAUGCCACUGGAAAGCCAACCGACUUCGUGGGAAUGCUUCUUGUCAAGAUUCUCAUCACGUACGACCCUGAAGAUUGUCUGCAGGUCAAGGAUUUCCCCUUGGCGACGCUUCCCGAGACCCGUCCUGAGACGAGCUGCUUGGACAUUGUCAACUUCUUCCAGGAGGGCAAGUCGCAUAUGGUCCUGGUAUCCGAGUACCCCGGUGCCGACUACGGCGCCAUUGGUGUUGUCACGCUUGAAGAUGUCAUUGAGGAGCUUAUCGGAGAGGAAAUUAUUGAUGAAUCUGACGUCUACAUUGACGUUCACAAGGCUAUCCGUCGCAUGACUCCCGCCCCCAAGGCCCGAAUCACUAAGAGGACAGGCCAGCCGUCCCCUCGACCGAUUCCCGAGAACGGUGAUCUCAUCGAAUUUGGAGACGAGCCCCAACCCCCUUACGAACGCAACGGUUCCAUCAGUGCGCUCAGCGAUGCUCCGGAAAUCCUAUCGAGCAGCGCUCCUAGAACCACAUUCCUUAUGAGGAGAAGCUCGGCCGGACCUGACGGGCGUAUGACGUCGUCUGCUGUUCCUGUGAAAGCCACCUUCGACGAGGCUAAGCAACACCUUAAACAUCUCGGACCCUCCAAUCGCGCGUCGAACCCCAAGAACACCAAGUCUACAACGGUCAAAAUCAAGCCUGUCCAGACCGGCGCACCAUUGUCGCAGAUUCAUAGCCCUUCGCCGAACCUUCGCCCUGCCUCUGUUGCCGGAGACAUUAGCGAGGAGAGAUUGGAGCAUGAUACGGACGAGCACACCCCGCUUAUGCGUCCCAAGCUGACCGGAAAGGGUGGCGUCCAUGCUAUUCGUAAGAGCUAUGGCGGGGCGGGCAUGAGUGAGACUCAGGGUAGGCUCUCGAGUGCCGCUCACGAUGCCGAGGACACCAAGGGCCCUGACGGAGUGAACUUGCCCCCCACCGUUCCCGAAAACGGCAGUCCCAAGGUCACUCGGAGUGCGAGCCCCGGAGCAGCACGAACGGACUUGACAAUCAUCGUCUCACCUGGUCGGGCAAGCAGCGCGACGAGUGUCACUGAAGUUAUCGAUGAAGGAUCCUCCACCCCCAAACGCCGACCUCUUGUUCGAAGCGGUAGUAUUAGCGAGAACGUGGUCGAGACUAGCAGUGGAGUGCGGAAGAUCAUUAUCCAGGCCGCCAGCUCCGAUUCUGAUGAAGUCGGAUCCAGGGGAUCUAAGGGCUCUUCCGGACACCGCUCGCGGGCCACUAUUCAGAGCAACAAGCAGUCUUCAAGUCAUGAUUCAGAUGGCGAGGAGCACGAGAAUGGCGAUGGUGCAUCCAGCACGGCUCAGAGCACCAGUAACAGCCAACAAGCAAGCAAGAAGAAGAACAGGAGGAAGAAGAGGAAAAACAAGUCGUAG